GUAUGUGUUCACAGCAUCCCCAAAAAAGAAGAAUGUUGUCAUUGUUGUGGAUGAGAGUGGCUCAAUGUCAAUUCCUAAUGGAGGAUUUAAACAUCCAAAUACCACACUGAGAGUUGAUAUUGCAAAAGAUGCAGCAAGAACGGUACUUGAAACCUUCAGUCCUACAGAUCAUGUUGGUGUUGUAGCUUUCAGUAACGAACCAAGGAGUCCAUCUGGCUGUCAUGGAAGCAAAGUAGCCAGAGCUACAGUAGAGAAUAAGAAAAUCAUUCACCAGUUUCUUGAUAGUAUCAAACCAAAGAAGGACACCUAUUAUGGAAAAGCAUUCAGAUCAGCUUUUGGACUGUUGAGAGAAGCAAAACAGCAGACACCAGAUCAGUUUGAGAACUCCCUAGACAUGAUACUGUUUUUAACAGAUGGAACUCCAUCAGAAUCUAAUAUAAACAGUAUAUUAGAAGAAAUUGUUCAUGGACAGGACAGCGUGCAACUUUCAAACCUGAAAGACACUUCUAAACCUAUAGGUCCUGUGGGCAACCUGACCAUUUUACCAGAUGUUGACCCUGAACAACUGAGAAAUGUAAUGGGAAGUUAUUAUACAAAGUUUCCUAUGUCACAACAUACAGAUUACAGUAUUAGUCUACCACACAUAGAAGAUAAGUUAGGUCUAGUCACCACACUAGGUAUUCCCACACUGGACAAGGGAGGUAACUUCUUUGGAGUAGCAGGAAUUGAUCUAUCUCUGUUACUCAUGUUUUAUGAAGUGGUACAUUUUAGACAAGGACAACAUGGGUAUGGUUUUGUUGUUGGAAACAAGGGAAAAAUUCUGAUACAUCCCUAUAUGUCCAAUCCUCAGCAGCAGAUGAAACAGCCCAGAUUCUAUGAUGUUGACCAGAUAGAGCCAGUAUUAAGUAAUGAAGCUGUAUUCAACAUAACCAAUGGUUUACCAGGACAUUUCUACUCAAAAACAGCUACUUUCUGGAAAACACCAGAAAUUCAAGGAUCAAAACCUGCAACAUUUUACUAUAGGCCUAUUCUCCAUUUCCAUGGAAAUUAUUCUGUUGUCUUGGUGAUAUUUGAUGAGGAUAUUGAAGAGUUGAGGGCAGAUGAGGAUAUAGAAAAAGGAGAAUUUCCAAGUUUUAUUUAUCAUCGUAUGGAUCUUUAUGAUAAUGAUACACUGAAUAACUCUGACUUUUGUACUAGAGAUAACAGUGUAGUCUUGACAAAAAAUGCAACAGUCAAGUUUGCCCCAAGUGUUUAUUCUAAUCCAGUGAAAAGUUUGGAGUAUGAGCAGAAUAACAAAAAUAGAAGUUAUCCUUUCUAUCAACACUACAGAAAUGCUAGAUUGUUCUCUAAGAAUGCAGAUAUACACCAGUCUGCCUCUAAUGACAUUGUAUUAACCGAUAUAACCUCUAUUGACAGAUAUACACCAGUCUGCCUCUAA